AUGGUGGGAGGAGGCCAUGCUAUGCACUUGGUAACUCCAUCUGAAAUCGUUUCAGGUGUGCUCACAUCUGCUGAAUCGGUUGCAAGUGGCAGCUUGCAGAAUGUAAAAGCAGAAGCAGAACAUUUCGAUGAGAGAAAGUCAGAUCAAACUGUUGAACUUGAGGCUGGUAAGGAGACCCAAAUUCUUUCUGAGAAAGAGAGACCUGCCAAGCCUUCAGAGCAAACUGUAGACACAGUCAGUGCACGCACAAUAACAACUGACAAGUACAGCAUAGAGGAUUCAUGGCCUCUGGCUGAUAGACCAGUACCCAUACUUUUGAAACAGUCUUCUGGGUCUGGAGAUGAAAAUGUUGUGAAAAGGGCAACUGAAGCUUCCGAGGGAAUAGACAGUCCUUGUUCAAGGGAUUUACCGUUAACCUCAGCUACCAAAGAGGGAAAAAUCAUGCAUCCUCAAGUGCCUGGGCAACUGUCUCUUUCUACAAGCACUUUCAAUUCUAUUGAUCCCUCGCGUGAACCUCGAAACAACGAGAACCCUCCUGUUGGUUCCUCUCUGCAUGCUGAAGCUAUUCGAGGAACAAUGCAGCUGCUUAUGGCUUCAUACAGUAACCUGCAAAAUCGAUUGAGCACAAUUGUGUCUGCUCCAACUGAAAAGGAAUGUAAAAGGAUCGAGGCAUCACUGGGUCGAAACGUGGAAAAGUCCAUCAAGGCUAACUUUGAUGCCAUGUGGGCCCGUUUCCAGGAGGAAAAUGCAGGGCAUGAGAAGUCUGAAAGAGAGCGAAUGCAGCAGAUGGCUACUCUAAUUGCAACUUCUGUAAACAAGGAUACUUCUGUUAUGCUGGAGAAGUCACUAAAGAAGGAAAUAUCUUCACUGGGACAUGCUGUUGCUCGGACAACAGCACCUACCAUUGAGAAGUCCUUAUCUACUGCUGUGUCUGAUUCACUUCAGAAAGUGCUGAGCGAGAAGGUUGUGAAUCAGCUAGAUAAGUCUGUAAGCUCUAAACUUGAAGCUAGCGUUGCUAGGCAGACCCAAACACAGUUCCAGACAUCUGCCAAGCAGUCAUUUCAGGACACAUUCCGCUCUAGCUUUGAGUCAUCAGUUAUUCCGGCAUUUGAACAAUCAUGCAAGACAAUAUUCGAGCAAGUAGAUGGCGCAUUCCACAUGGGCAUGUCUGAGUACACGGCUGCUAUCCAGCAGCAGGUCCUGACAGCACAUACUCCAUUAGCACAAACUCUGACAGAAGCAAUCACUUCAGCAUCGUCAAUGAACCAGGGUCUUACAUCAGAGUUGCUUGACGGCCAGCGCAAACUUUUGUCACUGUUUGCAUCAGGGAGCCCAACAUCAAAGACCACAGGUGCUUUGCAGCCCAGUAACGGACCAGUGACCAAUCUUGUUGAAGUAGAAGAUGCUUCUAAAUCAGUUAAUGCUCCAUUGAACCCUAUGAAAGAACUAGGUCGACUGAUUGCUGAGCAGAAAUUCAACGAGGCAUUUACAAUGGCUCUUCAAAGGAGUGAUGUCGCCAUAGUUUCUUGGUUGUGUUCUCAGGUUGAUUUGCAAACAUUAUGUGGAACGGUUCCCAUCCCUCUGGACCAAGGGGUCCUCCUAGCGCUCUUCCAGCAGCUAGCAUGUGACAUUGCCAACGAUGCCUCCGGGAAGCUUCAAUGGAUGACAAAUGGUGCCGUGGCGAUACAACCAACAGAUCCGAUGAUCGCUAUGCAUAUAAGGCCAAUAUUUGAACAAGUCUAUGGUGCUCUUGCGCACCAGCAGUCAAUGCCAACAACCAACACAUCAGACACAAUGAACAUCCGCUUAAUCCUACAUGUAAUCGCUUCGGUGUUGAUGGGCCAAAAGUGA